GCAUCAUGCAGCACGGCCAGAGAACGGGAGAACGAGAGGCGAUGCUGCCGAGUGGCUGGGUCGUGGAGUCGUCCCUGUACGAUGCCGAACACGCGCGCAAAGCGCACACAAGCACACAACACAGUAUACAAAAACAAAAACAAAGACCCGAAACAGAUACGGCAGCCGCUGGUAGUUGGCAUCAGCCAAUCGGAGCGCUUCGUUGGGCAGCAGGUAGGCGUGUACGUAUCUGCCAUUUCCAAAUAAAUUCAACCCCGACAACAACAAUAACAACAGCGAGCGACGACGACGGCAAAAAGGCAGCUGCUGUUGGUUCGCUUCAAAACCGGUCGACGACGCCGCAGUUGCAUUCAGUUAUUAACGAGCGCUACUCACAGCUACAGCAACAGCAGCAGCAGCACCAGCAGCAGAAGCAGCAGCAGCAGCAGCCACAGCAGAAGUCACUUCACUCAAUGCACACACACAAACACAUACACACGCACGCAUACACGCUAUCAGUUGAACAGAGUGGAUAAGUGAGAGCGAGAGGGCAAGAGCGCACUUGAUAUACGCUUUGAGUCGUCGAAUAUUUUCACGAGUUUGAGUCGGAGAGUAACAAAACGAAAGCAGAAUUCAGUUUGAGUUGAGACGUUGUCGUGGGCACGUCGCAUCAAAGAGAAGAGCGCAUAACAGCAAACACAAAACAACAAUUGAAAAAGACGUAAAAACCAGAGACCAAAGCAAAAAGAACAAAUAUUACAGUUAGUGCAAAGUGACAGUGU